AUGGGAGAUGGAGAAAUAGUAUAUUAUGGCUAUAGCGAUGCGAAAGGGAAUAACACAGACAAUGCAUGGAACGAAUCUAUAACAUACGCUUUUGAAAUUAAGCCUGAAAAUUUAAAAGAUUUCGGAGCAGAAAAUGGAAGUGAUGCAGUUAAAGCAAUGUGGAUGACAAUAGAAAUUGAUGAAAAUUCAGAUGAAGUAAAGUCCCUUCUAAUCAACAACAAGGAGGAUUCAAAAGUUGAGAAGGGAGUUGAGGAGGAGGAUCAAACAGUUGAAGAUAUGGAAACAGAUGAGUCAGUUGAGGGGAAGUCGACAGUUGAUGAGAAAAAGUCAGAAUUUGAAAAGGAAAAGAAGUUAAAAGUUCUUGAGAAGAAAAUAAAAACUAUAUUCAGCAUGGAGGAAAAAAUAGAUUUUGUUCUUAAAACGUUCAAGGUCGUUACUUUUAAUUUUAACAAACUUUGAUUUCGUAGUUUACGAAGUUAUAAAUCAUUAAAAAAUAAUUCUGCAAAAUUUAUUUCAUAAAAUUAAUAAAAUGACAUUUCAGACAUGUUGGGUUGAAAAAGUAAAAGGGGAAACUGAAGAAGAGAAAACUGAAACUGAAAAAGAGUGCUUGAAACUGAAUGAUAAAAAUAUGAUAAACAUGGAAAAUAUUGCUCGAUUUUUACUCGUUAAAAUGUAUAAGGAAGUCUCCUUCUUGGAUUAUCU